GUUGCAGACAUUUCUUUAAAACAUCUGGCAUCUCUGCUCGCGACUAGUGUGAGUUUCAUAACAAAAAAUUGAUUUCAUCUGUCAUUGCGGAAUAGCGAGUAGUACCGAAAAUUAUAUUUAAACUUUAAAAGCCUCUGUUAUGUUCUAAUAUCAGGCUGAACCAAAAACAACAAAGUUAAAAGAUUUGUUCCAACAAUGCGAAUCACCAGCAUCCUCAACAAGAUAGGCGAUGUAUCGAAGAAAUUUUCCAAUCUACCCGAUUCGUACAUAAAGCGAAGCAUGGAGCAAGUUUAUUGGAAAACACCCCGAGGGAAACCGCAGUAUCUUCCCCGCACGGUUGAACGCAAAAGGUACCGAUUCACAACGAACCGGCCGUGGACGGGCCAAUUUCGACAGCAAAAUAUGCCCGGCACUAUUCGUAAAAAGGUUUUUGUGGAACCGAUAGCAAAUUGGUCAUUCUUCAAAGGAGAUCGUGUCGAGGUACUAGUCGGAAAAGACAAAGGUAAACAGGGCAUUGUGAGCCAAGUCUUCCAGGAACGGAACUGGGUGAUUGUAGCUGGACUAAACUGCCACUUGCGGAAGGUAGCCGACGAAAAGGAAUAUCCAGGGAUAAUGAUCAAAUCGGAAGCACCGUUACUGGUCACCCAUCAGGUACGUCUGGUGGAUCCGUCCGAUUUGCAGGGCACCGACAUCGAGUGGCGAUUCACGGAGGACGGCGAAAAAGUGCGCGUUUCGAUGCGCACUGGCCGUAUCAUCCCGAUUCCGAAGACCAACGAGGAAACGCACGACUACAAGGCGAAGAGUUUGUACGUAGAACGACCGAAAGAUACGACGGCGGACGUGCUGAAGGAGAUUACCUUUCAACCGUCGCUGCAGACGUUCGAGAUGGAGAUCAUGCGGGAAAUGGGCAUCGAAGAGGACAGAAUACCGACGAGGACGUUCUGGUAUUAGGUGAACGGUUGUUGUAGUUUGGUGUCGUAAAUAGAUGAUUAUAUAAAAAAA